UGUCCAGUCUGACUUAUGUUCUCACUUGCCAUUUUAGGUCCUUUCAAGAUUAAUGGAGUUCCUUUGAGACGUGUGAAUCAGUCCUAUGUUAUUGCCACAUCAACCAAAGUAGAUGUUUCUGCUGUUAAUGUUGACAACUUUGAUGACAAAUACUUUACUAAGGAAGCCCAAAAGAAAAAAAAGAAGGGAGAAGGCGAGUUCUUUGAGGCAGAUAAGGAGGAAAAGAGUGUAUUGCCCCAGCAGAAGAAAGAUGAUCAGAAAACUGUGGACUCUACAUUGAUUAAAGCCAUUGAGAGUGUUCCAGACUUGAAGGUUUAUCUCGGUGCUAGGUUUUCUCUAAAGGAUGGUGUGAAACCUCAUGAACUAGUCUUCUAGAGGAAAGAAGGAUAUUACUUUUGUUUUUCAUAUCCUGAUUUUUCUUUUGAAAUUGGUCCUAGUAGUUGCACUCUUAUAAAUUUAUUGUUAACAACAAAGGAAAAACCUAAAAUUUUGUUAGGCAACGGAUUGUGAUGAUUAUAUUCCUUCCUGCAAUUUUGCUCUUUUUAACGUUGUUGAUUGUAUGUAUUUUAGAUAUUGUGUGGGAAUGUGGGUGGCCUUUGAUAUUA